AUGCUCAACCAUAGCACCGUGACCGACUUCCUUCUCUUGGGUUUCUCUGAUGUCCGGGAAUUGCAGAUUCUGCACUUUGUGAUGUUCCUGGUGAUUUACGUGGCUGCCCUGAUGGGGAACCUUCUCAUCAUCUCAGCCAUCGUCCUCGAUCAUCGUCUUCACAGCCCCAUGUACUUCUUCCUGUUGAACUUGUCCAUCCUGGACCUCGGCGCCAUCUCUGUCAUCAUCCCCAAAUCCAUGGCCAACUCCAUCAUGGACACCACGGUGAUCUCCUAUCCUGCGUGUGUCACCCAAGUCUUUCUCUUUGUAUUCUUCUUUGGAACUGAUCUGUCCGUUCUCACCGUGAUGGCCUAUGACCGGUACAUCGCCAUCUGCCAACCGUUGCACUAUGAGCAAGUGAUGACCAGGAGAGCUUGUGUCAAGAUGGCCACCAGCGCCUGGAUGGCUGGAAUUAUCUACUCUUCCCUGCACACCGGGAAUACCUUCCGGUUACCCCUCUGCCAGUCCAACAACAUUGACCAGUUCUUCUGUGAAAUCCCCCAGCUCCUCAAGCUGGCUUGCUCCGACUCCUACCGCAGUGAAAUUGGGGUGAUUGCUGCGAGUGCCGUUUUAUCCACCACCUGCUUUCUUUUUAUCAUCAUAACGUACGUUCAGAUCUUCAACACGGUGCUCAGAAUCCCCUCGGAGCAGGGCCGGCACAAGGCCUUCUCCACCUGCCUCCCUCACCUCGCUGUCAUCUUCUUGUUGCUUUGCCCUGCCAUAAUUGGCUACCUGAAACCCAACACGAGCUCAGCGUCAAAUCUGGAUCUGGUGGUGGGUGUCCUCUACGCCGUGGUGCCUCCCCUGAUGAACCCGGUCAUCUACAGCAUGAGGAACAAGGAGAUCAAAGCAGGACUGAAGAAACUGCUAGGCCGGAGGUGA